AUGGAUGGGUCAUCGCUAGCCACAUCGGCGCAGAAUCUAUCAGAUGCACACGUUACAACAACUAACUCGCAAGCGACAGUUGAAAAGCACAAAAAGAAACCUUUACAACUGAGUCAAGAGAUAACAAACCGGAACGAUGAUGGUCUCAGAGAUUAUGUCACUAACGAAUCGAACGAACAUUACGCGGAGGCCCCAAAGAAGCUGCAAGUGGAUACAGUUUGCAACCUUGCACGUGGUUAUCACAGCUUUGUCCUUGCAGGGACUGGAUACGGAAAAUCGAGGAUCGGAGAGAUGUACUUUCACCUGUACGCGCCGCAAAGAAAGGCAGUGGUUCUUGUGCUCAACCCGUUGGAUUCCCUUGGUGAAGAUCAGGUUCGAGAAAAAACCAGAGCCGGAAUCAGUGCAAUAAGCCUUGGGAAGAUGGUAUUAACAAGAGAUCUAGUAGAGAAGAUAAAGCAAGGAGAUUACGCAUUUAUUUACCUGAGCCCCGAAGUCUUCCUAAACAACGAAUUGUUUACGGAUCUAUACUUUAGUAACGAGUUCCAAAGUCGCCUUGUCCUGAUCGUGAUUGAUGAAGCACACAUGGUAUAUGUGUGGGGCCUAGUUGAAUCAGGGAAAGCGAAACUUCUCUCAGUGCGGGAUCGUCUCCAGGACUACGGGAUUUUUCGUCCAUCGUACGGCAAACUUGGCGAUCGCUUGAUGGCCACCAACAACGUUCCGCUCCUGCUGUUAUCUGCAACUUGCCGCCCAGUUGCCAUUGAAGCCAUCUUAGCCAGCUUGAUGCUCAAGAGGGUCGACAUGCCUUUCUUUUGCGGUGAACUAGUACGGACCGAAAUCCGGAUCUUAAGAUUCUACAUGACUGAUACACUCAAAUCUUGCGAGGACUUAUCCAGAAUGUUUUCAAAGGAGUCUGAGAUCGAGGAUAAAAACUUACUGCCAACGCUGAUCUAUUCCGGCACUCGAAAGUCAACCUUGAGUGUAAUCAGUGUUCUAAACAAGGCUCGAGGGAGGAAGAAAGAUGAUUAUGAUAGUGAAAGCCCACUCGUUCGCCGCUUCCAUGCCUGUACUGGUGACGAAGACAAAUUGGAUGGUGUUAAAGCCUUUGAGAACAAGGAAUUUCCGAUUUUUUCAAGUACGAUGGCACUUGGCCUGGGUCAGAACUGGAAACGGGUCCGAUGUGUUAUACACAUGGGUCGAGGGGACCCAUCAACCAUCAGCCAAAUGAUGGGUCGUUGUGGACGAGAUGGUCGACCUGGAUUGGCUAUUUUGUUCAUGGAGCGCAAGCGAAAGAAAGGAAAGAACAAAGUCGGCGAUUUCAAAAAUGAAAAGGAGCAACACACUGAUGACGACCGUAUGGAUGCGUAUGCUGUGACUCCGGUAUGUCUGAGAGUGGCAAAUGCUGUGGACAACCUUAAUGGAUACAUACCACUCUCCGACAAAGACCCAAACUAUCUGAAAGAAAAAUCACGACAUGAAUAUCUCAAGUUCGAUCGCUGUAGCUGCUCAAACUGCGAGCCCAAGGCCGCAAAAGAAAUUCAUAAAUUAGCUCAUUCAUUUACAGAACAGAACUUUGAAGACAUGUUGAAUGAUCCCAGUAAGUUCACAUUGGGAAUGCCAGACUAUGUUCAGCCAAAGAAACAUCGAAAUACAACCAAGAAGUACAAAAGCCGCUUCUCCCAAGAUACUGUGAAGAAAAUUGCCAAAGAUCUAGUAAUUCAUUUUGAGUCCUUCUAUCGCAAUCUGAUGGGCCCACGGCCUGAGCGCAGAGCAUCUCGAUACUUUGGCGAAGCAAAAGCGAAGGCGGUUGCCGAGGCAUUUGAAGAUAUACACGAACCAGGAUUGAUUUCGAAGCUCAUUGGGGGGGGAAUGGUUCGAUAA